AUGUCCAACGACGAUCUCAAGGCGCACGCCGCCUCAAACCAAGACUUCUACGCCCUCCUUGAUGUCCCAGCCGCCGCCAACGAGUCCGAGAUCAGACGCGCAUACCGCCGUACAGCAUUGAAGUACCACCCGGACAAGAUCGCAAACCCCACAGCAGCCGACAUCGACAAGUUCCACAUCCUACAAAUCGCCUACGAUGUCCUUUCAGAUCCAGACGUCCGCCAGCUCUACGAUAAUGCGCGAGAAGCGCGCCAGCGCAAGCAGCGCGAGCGCGACAUGAUGGGCGCCGCGAAGCGGAAGAUGCGCGAAGACCUAGAAGCCCGCGAGCGAGCAGGUGCGCCGGAUGGCGGCGCGGGCGCAAAACAAGGUGCCAAGAGGUCGUGGAUGGGUGGCGAGGACGACGCGGAGGAGAAAUUACAGCGGGAGAUUGAGAGGAUUGCGGAGGAUGGGCGGCGGCGGCGACGUGAGGCCGAGGACAAGCUGAAGAAGGAGGUGGAUGAGGAGCAGAAGAAGGUGCGGGAAGAGGAGGAGGAAGCGCGUAAGGCGGCGGAUCGCAGUAGUCAGCGGGUGGAUCGGUCGAAGGAGACGGGUGUUCCUGAGCUUGAGCGUGCGGUGAAAGUACGAUGGGUGAGGGAGGGCCGUGGGCUGGAGCUUGAUAUUGAGCGGUUGGCUGUGUUGUUUGCGCCGUUUGGAAAAGUUGAGAGUACUUUCAUGCUCAAGGAUAAGCGUCAGCGGAUUGGAAACAACAAGGAGAAGAAGACUGUUGCGACGGGCGUGAUUGUCUUCGUCUCGAUUGUGAGCGCUCACACUGCUGUGGUCGACAGCGAGAAGAAGCUCCGCCAGCAUGCGGGUCAAGAUGGUGAAUGGGGUCUUAUCGAGUCUGUCUUCUGGGCAUCAGGCAAUCAGCCCGAUCUAGGGCCCGGCCAAUCUGCGACAGAUGCACCAUCCAAAUCCCAAGACGCUGAAACCGCGCCAAAGACCUCUAGCCACACCUCCAAUGGGACUGCUAAGCCUUCGUUCAACUUUACGGGCAUGAAGUCAGCCCCUCCUCCGCCUGGAAAAACGCCUUCAUUUGGCUCAUUCACUUCUGCAUCUGCCGCGGCAGCUGCUCCGAACGCAUCAUCAUUCAAUCCAUCGCCGGGUACGCCCAGUUUCCAGGAGGUUACUAUGAUGAAGCUGAAGAACGCACAGCGAGAGAAAGAGCGCAAAGCUCUCGAAGAAGAGCUUGCUCGAGAAGACGAGGCCGCCGACGCAGCAGAAGCAGCGGCUAAGACUACCUAG